AUGGCUGUGUCUCCAGACGACAUGACAGCCGCGAGCCCUCUCAUUAUGAGCAGUCCUGAGCCUGCAACAAGCGCUAUUGCUGUAAACGUCCUCGACGUUGGCACUGGAACUGGUAUCUGGGCUAUAGACUUUGCGGAUAUGUACCCCUCCACCGAAGUGAUAGGAGUUGACAUCUCGCCGAUUCAGCCAGAUUGGGUCCCACCAAAUUGCAAGUUCCAGAUCGAUGAUAUCGAACAGCCGUGGACCUGGCCCAUCAGCCACUUUGACUAUGUGCACAUAAGUCACCUCGAAGGUAGCGUGGCAGACUGGCCCGCGCUAUACGCCCAGGCGUUUGCCCACAUCAAGUCGGGCGGGUUUGUCGAGGUCAAGGAGAUAGACGUGGAACUGUGUUCCCAAGUUCUUCCUGAGCUGAACGAAGACCACAUGGACAAAAGAUGGGGCAAAGUGAUGCUGAAGGCUAUGGAUCUAUUGGGAAAGACGGGAACUCAAAGCCGCAAUCACGGUAUCGCCAAAGGUCUAGAAGCUGCAGGCUUUGUUGGCAUUGUUGAGCAGCAGUGGGCUGCGCCUAUCGGUGCCUGGCCAAAGGAGUCGACUCUCAAGGGAGUGGAUGCCUGCCGCCUACAGUACCUCGAUCAAUCGCUUGAAGGCUUUGGUACCUUUCUGCUUUAA